CGUUCGCGUAAACACAGGAUUUUGUAACAAAUUGUCGCGUAAAGGAAUUUCUCGAUUUUCGCCCAACUUCCGGCUAAUUGGAUAUUUUUGAAAUACAUUUUUUCAGUGUGUAAUUUACUCGAGUUUUGUGAAAAUGAAAGUGUUCGCCAUCUUCGCCACCGCAUCCCUGCUCAUUGUCAACUGCGCUUGGGCGGCACCAAGCGUACAAGACAAUCGCAUCGAGGGUGAGAAUGGGGGCACGUUAGCGCUUGCUGCCCGCUACCUUGGCAGCUGCUUUGAAGUUGAGGACAUGACCACCUGUUUGGCGGUCAAAGGUAUUACCGCAUUGAAUCGCGCUGCCAGGAGCAACAACAUCGAACUCGUCAGCGGUGUGUCGUUCAAGAGAGAUUCCGCUGCAUCCGUAGCACGCAGCGGUAAAGCUUUGAGUGAAAAUGAAAUCUACGCUCAGCUACCUGAAAAUCCCGAAGAACGUAGUGGACGCUUGGUGGAUAUCGCUAUGGAAAAUGCUGCUGACUUCCUGGGCUCGCACAGUCUUGAAAUGAAAAUCCCCACUGAGGCUACACAAGAAGUUGCACGCGCGCUCGAUGAAGGCCGCGGAAAAUUGAAGAAAAUGAUGGGCCCCAUUGCACUUGCCAUUGGAGCUAAACUCUUCGCUGUUAUUCCAAUUGUGCUCGGCGCUUUGGCUCUACUCACCACCAAGGCUGUAAUUGUAGCCAAGAUUGCAUUGCUGUUGGCUCUUGUCGUCAGUGGCUCACGUUUCUUCGGCGGUUUGGGCAAUAAGUUUAGCGGUGCACUCGGCGGUGGCUACAAUUCUGCCGGUUGGUCAGCAGGCAACACGGGCGGUUGGUCGUCGGGCGCUGCAUCAUCAUACCCAUAUGCGCGCAGUUUAGAUGCUCAGCAAUUGGCUUAUGCCGGACAAGCGCCCACCGAGGAUGAACAAGAGAAAGAGAAAGAGCAAUAAUGAACUUGCGUACGAAAAUAUUGCAUGGGAUAUGCCAAAAAUGUGCCUUCGUUAAAAUUUACCUAUUAUUAAAUAUUUUAAUGUGUACUUUAUAGUUUAUAGUAAUUUAUUGAAGAAAAAGAACAUAUUUACAUAAAUCGAUAGGAGUAUUGACUUGCAAA